UGCAAAUUCGUUCAUUCCUGAAUCUCAACUCGCAUCAACGUCCCGUUGUCUCACAAGUCAAAUCCACGGGAGACCCGCAGCGGGAGAAGAUCAUGAGCACGGCGGGAGACCUGAACAGAUGAAUGAACUACAAUCAUGAUCAGGCCAGGGCGUGUGGACUGAAUGUCGGGCUACUGACGCCGUAACCGUUUCACGCCAUAGCCGACGUUACUUCAUCUCCUGUUUCUUCCCUCCUCCCUCCUCUUCCCUCCCAUCCCCUCAUUCUACUCCAGAAUGUUCCCCUCCGUUGUCGCUAUCUCCCUCGCGGCCCUGCUAUCCACAGCACAGGCGCUCCCGGACGGCGUGAUUGCCACUGGCACACAGGGAACGACCAACCCACCAGUGCCCACGAUGCCCACCACGAUUAACCAGAACUCUAUGGCCCGUUUGCUGAGCGUGAACUCCAUUGACGACUUCUGCAUCUUCGCUCCUCCGAAUCCCAACUCGGUCAUCGGUAACACCGAGACGGAAGAAGUCGCCUGGUGCACGCAGCCGCGCAACAACGCGCGUGUGAUCCCCGACGGCGUCAUAACAGGUCUCUCCUUCCUCAAGAACGACUUUUACGUGCAGAUUUACGGGACGGGCGACUUCACGAAGCUGAACAUUCAGCCGGGUGACUACGGUGGCGAGCUCGAUCCGCAUGGCGCCAGCGGUGCGGGCAACCCCGUCGGUGGCAACGUCAGUGUCCCCAUCAACGGCGUCGAGCAGCCCAUCGCGGAGUGGAUGAUGUACAUCGACUUCAAUCAAUUCUGUCUGCGCGCAUGCACGAAUGCGAACUCGACGUACAGCUCGCAGUACAUGUGCUGGCAUGAGUUGGAUGAGAUGGGUUGUGAGUAUGUCAUGCCGGGAACAUACCACCCGCCUGGUACCUUCGAAACCUGCGAUGUGGACGUUGCGAACCCCCCCGGCUGGUACCCGACAUCCUGGUCUAAUGGCGUUCCUGUUUCCUUCUCCACAUUUGCGCAGUACUUCGAGGGUGCUUACACUGGUGGUGAUGGUCUCCCGACGUCCUACACGGUCGGCACGACUGUAACUCCGACAGCGCCGUUCUUCACACCCUCUUCUUCGAACUGUGUAUCGCAGGCCACCGUUGGAAACGGACUUGCCGCCGACCUCGUCACUGCCGGUGCAUCUGGCACGGCUCCCCCACCCGGCUUCUCGUCCCAGGCUAACGCCCCGCCGACGAGCGUUCCCAUCUCUAGCUCCAGCUUAAGCUCUAGCGCCAGCGCCAGCGCACUGGCAGCUGUGACGCCUGCUGUCAGCACCAGCACCAGCGUCUCCACUGUCCUGAAAACCACAUCGAAGAGCACCGCGAGUGUUGCCAGCCCGACCGUCGGCGGGAAUGCCGGUGCUGCUGCUGGAGGUGCUGUCCCCGUUGUAUCUUCGCCAGCCGCUCCUUCUGUCAGCGGAACCAGCAACGCCCGCCGUGCCGCUGGGGACAACCAGCUCAUCGGUGCUGCGAUCGUUAGCUUUGUUGCCUUGGUAGGAUCGGUCCUGCUUCUCCAUUGAUUUUUAGGUGAACUGCUAUCCUCUGGUACUUACUGAUCUGACUCGCAUGGACUUUGAUAAACUUGCCUGUCUUGCCGCUCUUUACUUCACAUUCUUUACUUGCUUACUCACUGAUUUGGUUAAUCGUCACAAUUGAAAGGUGUUUGUUUGGGGAAUCUUCACUCGGC